GUGUUAGUAAAAAUUUGAAAAUUCAACUGACAUUAAAACACGUGACUCCUUAAAUCAACAAAAAUAAAAAGUAAACAUUGCAAUUUAAAACAACAAAUUUCAAGAGACUAGUGUCAUAAUAUAAUACACAACACAGUUGACAUGCUGAACAGUCCACAAAGUGCUAGUCGUACAAAUAAAAAUUGAAGAAAAAAGAGUUGAAGUGAGAGACACGGAGAAAUUUUUAUUGAAUUACAGUAGAAUGGCUUAAUUGGAAUCAAUAAUUUGUGUGAAAAUAAAGGCAUAAGUUCAUAGUGUUAAGAUAUCAAAAUUUGUCAAAAGACAUCAAGGAGUACAGUGUAAAUUAUGAAGAAGUAACUGUUUUUCUGCAAUGAUCCAAAAUCAAUCAAUAAGUGAAAAAUGAUGAAAAGAUGCGCUUAAUUAAUUUGUUUUUCAAGUGAAAUCUAGUAUAAUUAAGAUCAUUUUUGGGGCUACGAGUCCAUUGUUUGCAAAUCAUCUAAUAAUUAAUUUAAAGUAGUGAAAAAUUAGAUCCCACAAAUGAAAAUGGACUCGCAAGACUUAAUCGAACGAAGUAAUGAUGAAAGGAAGAAAAUAUUUGAACGCUAUGAAUUAGGCAGGCAGGGAGUAAUUGAUCCGUGGGAAGAUCCAGAAUAUAAUGUCUAUUCAAUGAUUGAUCGUUUUGGAUUCAUUCACGACCAGAAAAUAAAAUCACCCGAAGAUGAUAAAAAGACAUUAGAAAAGAAACUCGAAGUGCUCGCACAACGUGAGAAAAAAUGGGUUAAAAUGCUGUCAAAGUGGGACUCGAAAUCAACGAAAGAGAAAUUACAGAAGAGAAUUUAUAAAGGAAUUCCAGACAAAGUCCGCGCAUUUGUAUGGACGAAAUUACUUAAUCUCGCUGAAGUCAUGAGCGAUAAGGGUAACAAAUAUCAGGAAAUGUUGGAACUGGCUAAACAUCAUAGCACCGAGGCUAGACAAAUUGAUUCCGAUGUUAAUCGACAAUUUCGUGAAAAUAUUUUCUUUCGUGAACGUUAUAACCAGCGACAGAGGAGCUUAUUUAAUGUUCUCGUUGCAUAUUCAAUGUAUAAUAUGGAGGUCUCAUACUGUCAAGGAAUGAGUACAUUGGCGGGCAUGCUGCUUAUGUAUUUGGGCGAAGAGGAGACAUUUUGGGCUUUGAAUAUUCUACUGACCGAGAAAAAAUUCGCAAUGCAUGGAUUAUUUAUUUUGGGCUUUCCAAAAUUAACGCGAUUCCUAGCGCACCACGACAAGAUUUUAACGAAAUUUCUUCCAAAGCUGAAGAGACAUUUCGAUCAAUGUAAUCUCGACUCGAUACUUUAUUCAUUGAAAUGGUUCUUUGUCAUAUUUUGCGAGCGGAUUCCAUUUAGCUUGUGCUUACGAGUAUGGGAUGUGUAUUUAUUAGAAGGCGAGAGAGUAUCGACAUCAAUGGCAUUUACAGUAUUAAAACUUCAUAAGAAUAAAUUAAUGAAACUCAAAGAUUUAGACUCAAUUGUGCACUUUUUACAAGUUCAACUUCCCAAAAAUUUCGGCUAUGACGAUGACUAUGUGAUUAAAGCACUCGAGCAGUGUUCGGAAGAAUUGAGGAAGGCUAAAAUGGAUUUACCGCCACCACCUAGUGAUAAUGAAUUCCCACAAAGACCAUUUGGUGUCUUUGUGGAGCCAACAAAAGAUGAAAAGAUUGGCCAUAGAAAGUCUGGUUUCACUGAAAUAGAAAAGGAAGUCACAGAUAAUGUCAUAAAGACGCAAGAAGAGAUGGCAGCCGAAUUAGAAAAAGAAUCUCAAAUAACAGAAAUUGGUUUAGGCGAAUCAAAUAGUCAAUUAAAUACAGUACAAAUACCCGAAUCAGAAGACGGUGGAUCAUUGAAUUUAUCAAAGAGAUCAUUAGCCGAUACAUCCGUGACAUCGACAGCUGAUUUGAGUAUUUUCUCGGGCGGUGAUCGACGACCAGCUUCACAACAACAUCAUCAUUAUGAGAUCGAAAAUAGUCUAUUGGCAAAUGAGAAACUUCAUUGCAGUAGUGACAUUGAUUUACAUAACUUUGCUGGCGUUGGUGAAGAUGAAGAGAAUGGAGAAAGUAGUCCAAAUUCAAUUGCGAAAAGUUCAUCAACAAUACAAAUUUAUCAAAAGAAGUCUGAGACAGUGAAAGCUGAGAUCGCAUCGUUACCGUUAAAUGACGCGAGAGCAGACAACAGUAACAAUAGUAAUUCAAAUGAUACUCCAACACCAACGAUAUCGCAACAAGAUGCAAUAAAUCCCGAUAUUGUGAGAAUUUAUGUGCCGCCAGCCGACGACAUGAUACCUGAUAAAAUGCUUUUAUAUCAUCGUGAUCGUAACGAUGAUGAAAUAAGUCAAUGCUCUAACCGAAGUUCAAUUGUUCAUGUAGAAUAUGAAACAUUACCAUAUGACAAGUCACCAGAUCACGAAACAUUUUCAAAUCAUAAAUUAUCUCCAACUAAAAGUAAUGGAACUUAUCCGCAGCCAAAAUCAAGCAACAAAAUGUCUCCUGGUGCUUCAACAAAUAAUAAUAAUAACAAUAAGAAUAGUCCACAACAAUACUAUUACUAUCCUCAUCAGCCGGCAUCAACAACAACAACAACAGCUACUAUGAACAGUCAAUCGUCAUCAUCAAGACGCGGCUCAAUGUCAAGGAAAACUCCAUCGCCAUUAAUAGAAUCAGAUUUGGUGAUUGAAUGUGAUCACAUGAGAAUUAGAAAGUCACAAGAGAAUGUUAAUGAUAUUGAUCAACAGCAACAACAGCAAAAUUCAUUGAAUUAUUCGAUAAAUGGAAGUACGACAAGUAGCAAUAAUAAAUAUAUAAUUAAUAAUAUUAUUGGAUCACCGAUCAAGCGCCUAACAAGUUUCGAGGAACUUGCAAAAAAAUCUGAAAGCAAUUCACUAUUAUAUAUUCAUGAAACAAUAAGUGACAAUAAUAAAUAUCCAGCAUCAAGUAGUAAGCCGAAAAGUGAUUAUAAUAUAUGUUAUAAUUAUAAGAAUUUGGAUAAUCCAAACGAGGAUUUAGACUAUUCGAGUAUAAAGCAUCAGUUGCUAAUAAAGAAGUCAACAUCACAUUCAAAUAAUUUUCGACGUAAUGAAAGGAGUAAGCAUAGCAGCAGUGAGAAUAGUCCAUUUGAUUAUGACAUUUUAAAGGAUAAAAGGAAGGAUAAUCGCUUUUUGUAUGACGAUGCUGGACGACUUAUAGAAAAUAAUAAUGAUAAUUCAAUUAAAUCUUAUGAUAGAUUCUUUAAUUCUGAUGAUGAGAUUGACGACGAAUAUGAUUCACGACCAAAUCAUCGUGUAAAUAAAAAAAGUAGCUCAAAUAAUCAUAAAUAUCGGGUACCACCUCAUGUAAGUGGAACUGAGGCUGAUGAGGAUGAUGAGAAUAGUCCACCAAAUAAGUCAAUUUCAAACACUCCAAUGAGCGAGUGCAUUCCAUUAUUAUCAUGUGAUGCAGAACAGACAGUAAUAUAUCAAUCACCAAUUCCACCCAUUCCAAUAAUGCCACCAAACUCAAAUACAAGCUCAUUGAAUAAACAGCAAGCAAAUCGAUCAAAAAUUCCAUUGAGAGUUGGGAAUAGUAAUAGCAACAAUAAUAGUCCGAUACGUAAAAAUUCAUCAAUAAGUUCACCAGAUUCAGAUCGUAGUGAUGGCUAUCAGACGAGCAUUAAUCGUUAUGAUAAUAGAAUUGCACAAUCAAUGGCAUAUCAGUCGUCACCGACAAGCUCAACGUCUUCUAAUUAUCGUAGUGCAAUUGGAACUCCAACAACUAAUACGUCGUCAUCGACUCAAAGAAGCGAUAAUAAGAUUCGCAUUAAAAUUAAGCAGAACAUUUAAACUAGCUUUGAAAAAUUCCAAUAAGAACCAAAUAACACAAUUAUUUUACUUGUUAUUGCAAUAUUCCUAUAUAUUUUUUUUAUAUUUUUUGUUAAAUCCAUUCCGUUAUUUUUUUAAGAAUUUAUAAGCUCUCUACGAAAUACACAUAAUAUCCUUUAAUUAUUUACUUUUAAUUUUUAUAUAAUCGAAUGAAAGACAAAGAAAAAUCAUUUUGGUGCAUAAAACUGGAGAUUGGAGUUGAUUGGGGAUCGUUCACUUAUGACGUCCGAAAAUAACGGUCAUUUUUCAAAAGAGAACAAUGGAUUUCCAGGAAUUUCUAUUGAACUUUUGUUGCU